UAUAAAAAUGAAAAACUAUUUAUUAUGGGAGAAUUAUUAUUGCGUUAUAUGAUGAUUGUUAAUCGCAAUAGCCAAUUGAUGACGAAAAAAGAACGUGAUAGUAGUGUUGUGUUAUCAAAUACCAUGAUACCAUUUUUGAAGAUAUUAAAACCAAGCUGUGAUCCUAAUGUCGAUUGGAUUCAUGUGGGUUCAAAUGUUGGGUAUUUUGCUGUAAAACCAAUCAAGCAAGGAGAACCGAUUCUCGAGAGUAUUUUUGGUUCAUAUCAUACAGUAUCUAAAACUGAACGAUAUAUUGGUUUUGGAAAUGUCAGUAAUGAUCCUCUAUCAUGUGAGUGUACAGCAUGUGUUGAAAAUUGGUCAACUAUUCAUUCUCUUCCAUCCUAUCAGAGUAUCAAACUGCCGAAAAGAAUCAAAAAAGAAUUGAAGGGUAUGAUGCCGAAACUCAAAGAAUGGCAAAAGCUUAUCCAUCAGGGAGAUCCUAAAAAAUUAAUAACAAUUAAGGAUGAGUUGAAUAGGAUGAAUGACAUGUUUCAUCAAUACAUCACUACUCCUUGUAAAGAAAUAUCACAAUUGUAUAUAUUACUCACAUCUUUGUACAUUCAACUACAUGCUGUUCAUGAUAUUGAGUAA